AUGAAGGAGAGAGAAGAAGACGAUGAGCUCAGUGAGGUUCGGUGUGAUUGCACAGAGACGAACAUGCAAAUACAGGGAGGCAAUUACACUCUGACCAAAAGGCUGGAGACAGGCAGCAUUCUGGUGUACAACUGUCCUGAGGGCUACUAUCCGUAUCCGCAUCUGACCCGCCUGUGUCAACCCAACGGCAGCUGGAGACCAGCGCCCAGAAGGUUUCCAACUCAGAGAUGCAAAAUUGUCGAAUGCCCAGACCCAAAUGUGUUGGAGUACGGAAACGUCAACCCUCCUCAGGAGAAGUACCUUGUGACCAACGUGACCACGUACGACUGCUACUCUGGAUACACACUGAGAGGCUCAACCAGUCGGCGAUGUUUACCAAACGGGAAGUGGAGCGGCUCCACUCCCAUCUGCAGCCGAGACUCUGGCGAUAACUGUGCAGAUCCUGGUAUCCCACCCGGAGCCUCGAGAACAGGGAACAUAUUUGGAAUUGACGACACGGUGAAGUACGCUUGCAAUGGAAACCUGUUUCUGGUGGGCUCCAGCGAGAGAGUGUGUCAGGAGAACGGCCAGUGGACUGGAAAAGAGCCAGCAUGCUACUACAAACACACCUAUGACACUCCAUUGGAGGUUACAGAGUCAUUUGGCAGCGCAAUCAAAGACAGUCUCACCACUUUAGAACCCAUUGAUGACACACAGGAGGGGAGAAAAAUCCGGAUUUCAAAAAAUGGGACUCUGAACAUCUAUAUUGCUGUGGAUAUUUCUGAGAGCAUCGAAAACGACCACUUCGUUAACGCAAGAAAUGCGGUCUUAAAACUUAUCCAAAAGAUUUCAUCCUUCAGCGUGACUCCGAACUAUGAAAUCGUCUUUUUCUCCUCUGAUAUAUAUGAAGUUGUUAACAUUCUUGAUUUUCUGGAUGGCAAAGCAACACUAAGCAAAGUCACGAGUGACUUGGAAAAAUUUGAAGUUGGUGACAGAAACACUGGAACAGAUCUGAACCAAGUCUUCAAGAUCUUCAUGGAGCGGAUGGCUAUCAUAAAGCGUCGAGCAGGAGAUGAGGGUUUUAAAGAACAUCGUCACGUCCUCAUCUUUUUUACAGAUGGUGCUUAUAACAUGGGCGGUUCACCUGUACCCACUGUGGAAAGAAUAAAGAACAUGGUGUACAUGAACAACACCAGCGAGCAGCAGAAGCAAUCCAGAGAAGAAUUCCUCGACAUUUAUGUUUUUGCCAUCGGAGCCGAGAUCUUUGAUGAUGACCUGCAUCCCCUGACAGCAGGGACCGGAGGGAGACAUUACUUCAGAAUGAAAGAUAUCAAAAACUUACAGGACACCUUUGAUGAAAUAAUUGAUGAAGAAGAAGUUAAGGGUCUAUGUGGUCUUCACAAGGUGUAUGACCAACAACCUGACCAACACAACUUUAGGAAAAUGUAUCCAUGGGUGGCAUUCAUUUAUGUCCAGAACGAUGGAGGGUCCAACAGAUGCCUCGGCUCUCUGGUGACCUCUAAGUUUAUCUUGACUGCCGCUCAUUGCUUCAAAUUUGGUAAUUUACCUGAACACAUCACAGUUGAACUUCAAGACGGACUGGCUCUUGCAAGAAAAGUUAAAACUUUUACGUUACAUCCAAAGUACAAUGUUACCGCUAAAGUGAAGCAGGGUGUGAAGGAGUUCUACGACUAUGACGUGGCUCUAAUCCAACUGGAGAAAGAUGUUCGAAUCUCUGCUUCUGCCAGACCCAUUUGCAUACCUUGCACCCAGGAGACCAGUGACGCUCUACACCUGGUUGGUGAUUCUACCUGCAAGCAACAAGAGGAACUUCUGUUAAAGAAUCAUCUUGAAAGACUCAGUUUCCUGACCAGGAAAGGAGAGUAUGUGGGUGUAAAAGAUGUUCAUGCCAAACUUGGCGAUAAUAGAGCUCAAUGCAUCAAACAGGCUCUCAACGCAAAGGGCAUAACGACGAAGAACGAGCAUGAUGCUGUGACUGAUAACUUCUUGUGCACUGGUGGUAAAAAUCCAUUCAGAGAUCAUAUAGCAUGCACAGGUGACUCUGGAGGUGCUGUGUUCAAGAACUAUGAGCUUCGGACAGUACAGAUUGCAGUGGUCAGCUGGGGAACCAAGGAGAUAUGCACGGCGGGCGGCGUCGUCGAGUCACAUGACGACUCCAGAGAUUUCCACAUCAAUCUUUUCAAAGUUGUCCCUUUUCUCAAAUCCAUCCUUGGAAAUGACAACCAGGAUGACUACGCCCCGCUUAAAUUUUUGGAUAAUUUGGAAUGAUGAAUAUAUUGACACACUGGUAAUUGUUUUGGCAUUUCACUUAAACUGCAAAACAGAUCAUUGAACUCCUUCAAUCACUCAUUCAUUCUUCCUUUUUUUCAGACUGUGAGUUCAUAAUAAAUAAGACAUUAAAUGUUCUCAUCAAAAGCAUAAGAACAUAUUUUAAUACAAGGCAUCAAAGUUUUAAAAAAGUAACAUUUUGGCUACAUUCAAAUGCACAGUAAAUGGUGCCAACAGUUUUUUUUAUCCUGCCUGCACAUACAUUUACACAGAUUUUAUUCUGCACGUCCUGUGCUCAGCCAGUAUGAAGAAGUUAAUAAAUCAGUUUUAACUUGUGUUUUGAUGUUUUUUAAUAAAUGAUUACUAAACCCUGGAUCGGGGUUAGAUGUAGAAUAGCAUGUAUGGGGAAACGAUGUAAAUUCAUGAGCUGUCAUAUUGUUUAGAACAUAGUUCUGUUUGGCCAUUGAAACCAAUGUUGCAAAUAAACUGUCAGAACUGCUUUAUGAAAAUAUCAGAGAUUCAUAUGUUUAUUUUUGCAUUCAAUCACUGCAAUAAAAUAAAACAAACAUUCCUGUUCA